AAAACCGGGCCUAAUUGGUGCAUUAUUUCCACCCCCACCAUCUCUCUCUCCACAUCAGGUUUCGCAAUGCUUGUUUGAACAGCAGUCAGUUGUUUGGGUUGGCAGUCGAGUGGUGGAAGAUGAGGUGAGCGGGGGGCUAUCUCUCUCUCUUUCUCGUUCCGUUUGUUUGUUUGUUUUUUGCUGCGGCAGACCAAGGGAGCGAGCCAAGUCCGGGAUCACCCCAGGGUCGCUCCCACUGCGAGUGAGGCGCUGUUGCAGCUCCUUCCCCCAGGAGCACCCCCACCCCCCAGCGCGGGCACCUCACUGACUGACCCCCCGUCCACCGGAGCCCCCCACCCAUGGAGAGCUCGGAGGGGGCGAGCCCGCCGCAGAAAGGGCUCAGGAUGAGAAUCGGCCGCGUCUUCCAGCGCAGCAAGUCGGCGGGUGACCAGGAGGGGGACCAGGAAACCCCGGGAGCCGGCGGCAGUGGCUGCAGCCAGGAGCCGGGCUGCCCUCCCGUCUCCCAAGUUGGCGGCGGGAGGAGGAGGAGGAGAAGUUGGGGGAGCUGGAGACGGAAGAAAAAGUCCAACGAGCCUUCGGUGCUGUCGACACCUCUGCUCGCCCCGCCGAGAAGCGACAUAUCUCUCAAGACCAAUGACUGGACGCUAGCUGAGGGAGUCAAGCAGAAUUCUGAAGUGGUAAACAACUAUGCCCACGUUACAGACACUGUUCAAAAUACAAAGUUGGAAUCCCAAAGUCCUACAAGUCUGAAAAGCCCAACUGGAAAAUCUGCUAAGUUUCGUUUUCCAGGCCUCCAAAAGGCAGAAGAGGGCAAAAAGAAUCAGGUGCUGGACUAUCUGGAAGGAUUGUUUGGCUCCACUAGAAGAAAGAAUUCAAAAAAUGCAUCCCCAGCAUCUUUAAGCCAAAGCAAUUCCCUGGAGGAAGCUCCUCCCGCAAGAAGCAACUUAAAUCAUACAGAGGAGACCACAACUGCAGGGGGAUCUCCUGAUUCAGCAACAUCAUCAAUUUGGCAAGACCACGGGAGUGAAGGAGUGACAGAGGCUAAAGCAGCUGUCCAAGAUCCAGCAGAGAUAUUACUUGGCUCCCCAGAAGUAAAGGACCUGUUACCAGCAGUUGGUAGUCCAGAGAAGUCAUCUCUGAGUUUAUCCCCCAAAAUUGGGACAGCAGAUAAAAAUACCAUAAUAGUUGAUGUCAACCUGCAGAGCAUCAACAGUGAAAAACAAGCUGGACCUGAGUGUGCUGGAGAGCAAUUAGCUCCAAAGUAUGUCAGUAGUAAGCCAGAAAAAGAAAUUGAAGGCAAUGUGUCAAAUGUCUGUGGAGGCAAGUUGGUAAAUAAAGAGGAUACUUCAUUAUCUGAAAUCUGUGCAGAUGCAAGUUUGCUCUCAGAUGACAGAAGUGUUAAGGAAUGUGGGAUUGGUGAACUUGAUACACACUCUGAAAACAUAUCCCAGGUCACAAGACAACUAAAAAACACUCAAUUUGUAAAUAGUGACAGGCUCGCUGAAGGUGUAUGUGAUUGUGAAACCAUUGCUAACUGUACAGACAUUCCAGCUAUAACUGAAUGUGUUUUACCAAUUUCUGAGACUCUAAGGGUUGAACAGGUAGCUGAAAUUAUUGAAAUUGAUGUGCAUCCUCCCAAAAUUCAAGGAAAUUCAAAUAUAACCUUGUCAGAAGCAUCUGUUUCAUUACCCAUUAACAAUAUUAAUGUGAAACUGAACGUUUUAGAAAAAACUUUGAAAAAUGCAGAAACUGUUCAGUUGAACCAUUCUGUGCCUCAAGGAUUUAAACAUGACACUGCAAAUUACAAUAUUCCUCAAAAAGUAUUGUGUGAUUCUACUUUGAAAAAGCAACAGAAUUCAUCCAAGAACGACACAGUUACACUAGAUACCAAAAAAUCCCAGGUGUCAGAGGCAGGGAUUGUUCCUCACAUUGGUGAAGGUGCAGAAACCUUACAUGACAAUGAACAAUUAGCAACAGGUAACCUGGUUAGAGGAAAUCAGAACGGUGUGGUGGAACCAGAAACAAAUAUUGAUAAAACAGUUUACAGCUCUCUUAAUGGAACAAUAAAUUUGAACAACACAACUGAAAAGUCAACUGCUUUGUUUUCAGAGUCUACUGAAAUGGAUAAAAAAUCUCCUACAGAAACCAAACGAGGUAAAAGAAAGGGAAAGAAAAGAAGAUCUCUGAAAUCUGAUCAGCAGUCUGACAAAGGUACUGGAAGUGCAGAUACUAGUACAUUUGAAGAGGAACCGAAAGGAAUAGAUUCCAGUAAUCCCAACAAACAGUCCUCUGAUGCUUCAGCUAAUGCCUCCUCUUCACCAAAGCAAAGUAUUCCUUCUUUGGUUUCUCAUCAACCACCACCAAAAUCUUUUCCAGCAAGUGAAGAAUCUGCACAAGACAUAACUAAGCUAGCUCCAUCAAGGAAGAAGAACUCAAAACAGGUGCGCUGCGAUCCAGCUUCAGAUAACAAAGUCAAGUCUCCAGUAAAAGCUUCUUUGGAGAAGGCCCCAAAUACAGACAGUGGAUUCCGUGGUUCUGAAAAUGUUAUAUCAACAAGCAGCAUUGCCUCACAAUGUGGUCAAAAAGUUGAAAAACCUAUUGCUCCAGACAACUCUGAUACUAACUUUGUUAUUGCAGAUAAUAGAGCUGUUGAAGGUUCUGCAAGUAAUGAGGAUUUCAUAUUUUCUUUACAAAGAGCAAAUACCAAUGAACUAGGGGAAAGAUUGGUUGCUUUAAACUCUGCAGAUCAAGACAAUGCAAUUGCUUCAGUUAGCCAAGUAUGUAAUCAGCAAAACAUGGAAAGCUCUAGUUUGGCUGAGCACAAAGACAGUGCUGACCUGGGAAUAUUGAAAACUCUGGAAAUUAAUGACUUGGAAGGAACAAGUAUCAACCAUAAUACAAUUACCUCACAACUAUGUUCCACAGUCACUACCAAAAUAAGACUUCCGGCAACUGGAAAAGAAGAUAAAUCUGGCAAUUUGAACACUAUUAACCAACAAGGAGCCUGCACUGAAACUAGAACAGAGGAGGAAGAAACCAUUCGAAUUACUCUUCCUAAGAAACAGAAAGCUACAAGUCACCACCAAGUCGACUUUCUUGCCACCAAGGAUCUGCCUUUAGCUUCAACUGAGAGCAAAAAAUAUGUUGGUAGCCUAAAGAUACAACUGAACAAUAAAUCUGACAAAGAAACAGAUGACAGUGCAACUAAUAUUGGCAAAAAUAAGUCACAGCCUCCUAAAUAUUCUGAAGCAUCUGAUGGUCUCCAUGUAGAGGUGAGGCAGAAAGCAGGUAAAAUAUCAAAGGAAAUCUGUAUGAAUGAUAGUGACACAAAGCACAAAUCUACAGAAUACCAUGGAAACAAAGAAAUGAAUACCACAAGUGCUCCUAUUGAAAAGAGACUUUUAGAAAUGGUUCCCAAUGCACAAACCGAUAGAGCUGAUGAAAGUGGCUCACCUGGAGUGGUCUCUUCAAAAUCGUGUGCAAACCCUGGUAUGAAUGAUCAAUCAUUUUCUAUGGAUAGGCUUACUUCUGGACUAUGUUCACAAAAAGUUGAUGCCCCCAAACAAGGUGCAGAAGAACACACGGCUGACCUUAUUGCCUCCACCCGUGACACUGCCCUAUCCGUACCAUUGACUGGAGCUGAAUUGCAAAGUAGAGAAGUCAAAGUAAAGACUUUGUUACCAUUAAAUGUGCUGAUUUAUGAAACCAUAGAAUCUGAAAUUGAGAGUGUUUCCCCCACGCAGCGCAUUAAUGAGCAAAAGACCAUCCAAGGCAAGGCAAAAAGUGAGCAUGUCCAGCCAGUUCAGCAAAGCCCACCCAUGGUAAACAAACAUGACAUUAACACAAUGCCACCACAUAAAGUUCAAACAUCUUCAACUCCGGUGCCUGAUAUCAAAGACAUGAAUGUGGUCCAAAAGUAUACAGCAGGUGAUAUAAUAGUUGAAACUACACAACAAAUUCCACCAAAACCUCAAUCUGGAGGGAUAAAUGAUGUAACUUCACUUGAAAGCACACAAAUAUCUGAAACUAUGGUUGAUGUUGAGAAAGAAGUGUCUGCAAAGAGUAAUGGCAAAAUGACAUCUGACUCAGGGGCAAUAAAGAGUGAGAUUGUUCAGAAUAUUUUGCCAUUGUUGCAAAAUAAAGAUUCCAAAACACAGAGUGUGCUUCCUCAGCCUGAACAAACACUUAAAAAGAAUGCAUCGCAUGAAAUUAAGACAGACAUCCCUUCAAAUAUAAAAAGUAACAUCGAGUUGGGUUCAAAUGAAGCAAAAGUGGAGACUGACCUAACUUUACAACAGAACACGCCUUUACUACAAAGUAAUGACAGUGCACUAAAAGCGACAAUAUCACCAGAAGCUGAAGUUAAUAACAAAGUGUCUGCAAAAAAUUUGAAUGAAUUGAAUACUUUGACCAGUGAUGACUUCAUCCCACCUAUGCAAAAAAGGAUGGUCGGUAUGCAAGAUGGAGAGAGCAAAAUAAAAGACAUAGAAGUUGGUUAUUUAGCGACCUCUCCCAUAGCAUCUGAAGUGAGGAUUGUUGUCACAGAAAGUAAUGCUAAUGACACAAACACUGGUUCCACUGCAACAACAGGAGUGAUUUCCCUGCCUGUAGAGCAACACACAUCUGUAUUGGACAAUAGAAACUUUGAAAUAAGAGAGGAAGUCUUGACCCAGAGCCGAGAAACAGCUGAGAGCGCUGGGUCCAGAAUGAGUAAGAGUUCUUCUAUAAUUGAGCAAAAGCCUAGUUCAGAGACUGCAAUAAAUAAUUUUGGUCUACCUAUAUUAUCAAGCACACCUAAAGUGCAGCAUAAAGAGAUGGAACCAAGGAGAGCAGUAUCAUCUUCAAAUGUAGAGGCAUCAGCAGGAAACCUAUCCAGAGCAGAAGAUGCCCAAUCAGCAAACUUCAUUGAAAAACAUUCUCAGCUAGGUGCAGCAACAAAUGAAUCUUCUCUGUCUGUCCAGAAUGUAGAAGAAUCACAACCCCAGGAGGUUAUUGUUCAGACGCCUUCUAUAGUUGAAGAUAUGUGGAACACUAAAGCAAAUGUCGAAACAAAUGUAGACCUGACUGCAUCAGCAAAUGGCUUUGCAUCAUCAGUAGAGCAAGCAACCUCCAAAUCUGAAGAGGAAAGAGGAUUUAAUUUUUCAUUCAGUGAAGAAAAUAGCUUAGACAGCUCUUCUGAUAUGGAUAGCUUUACAGAAACAAUUCGGAAAUAUGGCAAUCCCAUUCAAUUGCCUCAAAAGAGGCAACGAGUUCCUAAAGUGCCUUCACUGCCACCAUUUGCCAUGCCACCAAUCCAAGAAGACCAUAUAUCACCAAAAAAGGAGAAAAAGUUUGAUCCAAGUUCAUUCAAAUUUGGCUUAAUGAAAAAUAAACAUAAAAGUGAUCCACCUUCCUCUCUCUUCAAAAUGCACCAAAUUGAAACAAAGUCCAAAGUAGUCAAACGUGUAUCUGCAGAACAGAGCUUGCUUUUUAAAUCUCUUGCAAAUAAAAGCUCACGUUUGAGUUUACCAAAACAGCAAAAGGCAGAAAAUGAUCUUGCUUCUGAAUCAAGCAGUAAAAGAUCACGUUUAGAGAUUGAUGAGGUAACUGCUCAAAAUUGCAAGCCAUUAACUGAACAUGUGUUAGAAUCUGCUGAUCUCACACCAUCGUUAUCAAAAAAUAAUGUUAUUCAAGAAUUUCAAUUUGAUUCGUCAAAUUCAACUUUUCCUGAAACCCAGUUGCCAAGCUUUAUGGAAAACUAUUUGAAAUCUAACCUUUCUGAGAUAGAAAAGAAACCUACUGAGUCAGAACAACAAACAGAAAAUGGAUUAAGUAUCCUUGACUUGAAACAAAAUUUCUUGGAAAAUAAUUCAGAUUUUACAAACACAUGUACAAUUGACAGUACACUUGCAUUACAAGGAUCAAGCACGAUAGAUGGCAAUCAAAAUGCCUCAAAUAUAUUUGGUACAGAUCUGUUCACUCCCAAGUCAGUAUUGUCUAAUCUUCCAGAAGUUGGGAUACCUGGAAGAAAAGAGUUGUCGUUAAAUUCUAGACCCGGAAAGAUUGUCAUCUAUAAUCAGCGCAGUGUAGAUGGAGAAGCUAUUGAAGUCUUCCAUGAUGUUGAAGAUGCUACCUCUUGGCAGCUCCCCUCUGAAAUUUCCAUUCGGGUAGUAAGAGGCUGUUGGAUCCUUUAUCAAAAGCCUAACUUUGAAGGUGAUAAAAUUGCAUUGGAAGAAGGUUUCUUAAAUCUUACAGAUAUUUGGGGAAAGGAGUUGGCUGAAGAUGCAUGUGAUGAUACAUUAACAUCUACCCCUAAUGAAUGUUCGAUUGGUUCUUUAAGAAGAAUAGUCAAGAAGUGGGGUUUACCAGAAAUAGAUUUAUGCACAGAACCAGAUGGUCUGGGAAGGAAAACAACAUACAUCGAUGACAUGGAAGAAGUAGAAACAUAUGGGAUUGUGGAGCCAACAUUAUCUAUUGAAGUAUAUUCGGGCACUUGGAUUCUAUUUGAAGAGCCUUUCUACCAAGGAAAUUCUUACAUUGUGGAACCUGGUCAAUAUCCUUCUCCAGAAUCUUGGCAUGCAGUGAAUCCAUUCAUCGGCUCACUCAAACCAUUGAAAAUGGGCCCAUUGCAAGUGGAAAAGCUUAAUGACAACAGAGUUAUUGUGUAUGAAAAGCCUUUCUUUGAAGGCAAACAGCUGGAACUCAAAACAGAUGUAUUCAGCUUUGUUGAAGGAGUUGAAGAAUCAGCUUUGUGCCACACUUAUCCAUUCACAAACAUUGGCUCGAUGAAAGUUUUAGGAGGAUUUUGGGUUGGUUAUGAGAAGCCUGGAUUUCAAGGCCAUCAAUAUGUUUUAGAAGAAGGCGAGUACCAAUCAUGGAAUGAAUGGGGAGGCUACAAUGAACACCUUCAAUCUUUGCGCUUUAUCCAGGUCAACAUGUCAUCUCCUGUCAUGAUAAUGUAUCGUGAAGCAAAUUUCUCUGAGAAAGGUGGAAAUAUUGAAGUAGUGGGACCUAUCCCAGACUUGCAUGAUACUGAUUAUGGGUUGAGGACAGAAUCUAUAAAUGUGCUGAGUGGAAUCUGGGUUGCGUAUGAGAAUACUGACUAUACAGGCGAACAGUAUGUUCUGGAAAAAGGACUGUACAGUAGCUUUGAAGAUUGGGGAGCAAUAAAUUCCAAAAUCUCCUCCAUUCAACCUGUUUUCUUGGAUUUGGAGGACAAUGAACUUUCUAAGUUCAAGGUGCAAUUUUUUACGGAUCCUGAAUUUCAAGGAAAUGCACAGACUUUUGACAUGGACACAGCCCAAUUUCCAGAUGGUUUCUCACCCAAGUCCUGCAAAGUUCAAUCUGGCAGCUGGGUGGCUUAUGACGCUGAGAAUUUCACUGGUAACCAAUAUGUACUCGAGGAGGAAACCUAUCCUGAUUUGAUCAUGAUGGGAUGUACAAAGGGUGACUGUAUAAAAUCUGUGAAGAGGGUAGAUUUUUGCUUCUCCAUUCCAGGGAUAAUUCUCUUUGCACGGGAGAAAUUUCAAGGAAAGAAAAUUGAAUUGGUUUCAGAAAUGCAGAAUCUGGCAUUGCAAGGAUACAAUAAUCACAUUUUUUCUGUCAAAGUUAAUGGUGGCACAUGGGUGGCUUAUGAACGCGGCAACUAUCAAGGACGUCAAAUUUUGCUCCAGCCCUGUCAGAUACCCAACUGGCAUCAACACACUGGAUGGCACAGGAUUGGAUCGCUACGUCCUUUGCCUCAGAGACGAGUGUAUUUUAGGAUACGAAACCAAGGUACUGGAACAUUCAUGACGUUUACUGGAGACUUGAAUGAAAUCCACAUGGUGCGUGUGCAAGCUUUGGACAGCACAGGAAUGGAUGACCAAAUUUGGUUCUAUCAGGACGGAUUUAUCAAAACCAAGAUGGCAGACGAUUGCUGCUUGGAUGUGAUUGGAAACUUUCUCGGUCCAAGUUCAAGGUUAGGAAUCUCGAUACAGGACAGCAAAGACGUUCAUAUCUGGAACGUCAGUUCAGAUGGAGUCAUACAGAGUGGAAUAAGGACUGAUCUAGUUAUUGAUAUAAAAGGUGGUCAACAUUAUGACCAGAAUCAAACCAUUCUCAGCAGACUUGAUGAAGUUCAACAAACACAAAGAUGGGAUCUGGAAAUCCUUUGAUUCAUUCCAAGCAGAAACAGGAAAUCAAAAUAUUUGAGGCUCUUUUGAAAUAUUGUAAACCUCUUCAUUUUACUACUGGAAGUGCAAUGUUUCACUUUAAGUGAAUUCCAGGCAUAGUAAAUUGGAAUUCAGGGCAAGACUGGUAGAAAGGUCAUCUCAAUUAAAUGUUUAUUUCUAAGCAAGUACUGCUCACUAUGCAACAUAACCAGAUCUGAUGUAGAGUCUUAGGUCUUUAUCAUUUUUCAAGAUUAGUUCAUAUAUUGGCAGCAGGGCCUGGUUGUUGUUUCAGUAUUGAAUGUAAAUGCUUUGAAAUCCUCCUUUAGAUUAAAAGAAACAGGUAUUUAUACUUGAUAAAUAUCGUGCUCACUCUACAGUUUUAUUGAACAUCAGAAGGCUUGUUUAUUAUUUGGGUUUAAUGUCCUCUAUUUUUAGUGAUGCAGCACAUUAGAACUGUUGAAAUAUGUUUUCUUCUCCAAAACGAAACCAGACCAGCACCAUCUGUCUGGUGUAAUUGCUGCACAUAUCCAUCAAAUCAUAUUCGAUUCCAUUCAUUUCAAAGGAGUCUUUCACAGUGGUCAAAUAAGAUUGAAUAUCAAUCACUUUGAAUGCCAUAAUUAACAUAAAUGGUAGCAUCUACAUUUCAGAGUAUUGUAUAUUUUGCUAUUCUCGGUUGGAAGGUCAGAAGAUAAAAUGUUGGUUAACAGGUUACUGUUUUAUUGCACCAUGACGUCCUUGGCAGAUGAGCUGAAUUACUUCAUGUAGCAAGCACUACGCUGCUGUCUUCCAAUUUGUUCAAAACAUUAAAGUACAAAACAUUUAGUUGGAAAACUGCUCUCAGCUUUUGAAUCAAUUAACAAGUCAAUUCAUUUUAGUUUCAAAGGCAAUUUAAGAACUAUCCUUUAAAAUGGUGUUGCUCCCAGAUGGAGUUCCUGAUUUUAAUUUAGAGUUUUGAAUUACUGCCAAUAUGUGUAGUGUUUGCAUUAGUAACACAAAGAUUUAAAAACAAAACAUUCCAAAGAACGACCUGACAACAGGUUUAAUUAAAAACAAUGGUAGCAUUGGUGUUAGAUCACUUCUGCUUGUGUCACACACUGAGACAUCUUACUGGCAGGCCAGGAUUGUUUUCUGUUGGGGAAAUCAGGAGAUGUUUAUAAACAGCUGUUUUGUUUGAUAAUUGUGUCAAGGAUUGUAAUCUGCAUCAGUUGUAGCAAUUUGUAAUUUGAGAACUUUUUUACCCUUUUAAUUGAUCACGCUAAGUACACAGGACUUCUAAUGUCUAUCAGAUGCUUUAAUGGCAGUUUGAGGUAAUGGGAAUAACUUGAGAACUGUACCAGUGUGGUGGUAUAGUUUUAAUCUGAGAUUUAAUGCUGUCUAACUUUACCUAUGUUACCCCGAUUCCUUGCUUUCACCAGCUGAACUAUUGUUACACUAGCGCUUGACAAUUGUUUUCAUGGACAGUGAACAGUGUUUUAUUACCCCUUUUACUAUCUACAACAGCUGAACUACUGUAUUCGUUCAAGGUACUGAAUCAUGUAUAUGUAACAACUUUAAAUAAAAUGUACAACGUUUUGAGUUAA